UGAAAAAUCUCUGGAAAGGCAACAAUUAAUGCUCUAAUAAAGCCAGCAAGCAUCAAAGCAAAGAAGAAAGAGAGAAAGACCACAGAUGUGGCAGCAUAUGGUGGCAUGUGGCAGACGCAAACGCAUCUCUCGACGACAGUCGCUGAUUGAAGUUCCGUUAAUAAUGUUGUCGUCGAUGCGUUGCAACGCCUUGAUAAGCGCUCUCGUUUUGACGCUUUAUUAUGUGGGCGUGGUCGGUGGCAAUGAUUUUGUGACCAUGGGAAUGCGCAGGAGUAGGCGUGGCCCAACCAUCACCGAGCGUCCUGGUGGCAUGGUAAUGGAGGGCAUUGGCUUCCACUAUACGAUGCGCUAUCAGCCUGGCUUCCAUCUGCAUAAACUGUUUGCACGGCCGCAGGAGGAUGAGUCACCAGCACCAGAGCCAGCACCAGAGAUGCCCAUGGCCACACCAGAGCCACCACCAGCACCGCCACUAGAGCCAACGCCAGAGGAGGAUACGGACGAGCCAGAGCCAACGAUACCCAUGCGCACAACAUCCGCACCUGUAGAGCCACUGCCCGAGGAAGGAUCACCCUCACCAUCGCCAGGAAUGGAUGGCAUGAUGACCAGUCCGGAGCCUCCUCCUCCACCGCCAGAUAUGAAGCCCACAAAGAGACCGACAAUGCGACCACCUGAACAACCUUCUAUGCCGCCUGCUCCGUCCAGCACCAAGAGCUCCAUUAUGCAGCCCCAGCAGACGCUGAAAAACUUGCUCUUUGGCUCACCCAUCGAAGCGAAUCUCAUACUGAAGCAGCCGAGUGCGCCCAAGUCGCGGGGCAAAGGCUUCCUGAGCCUGUUCGAGGUGAUCAAGUUUCCCAACACCAAAUGCAGCGUCUCCAUGGGCGACAUACGCACCAUGGAGGGUGUGUGCUACCACGAAUUCGAGUGCAAGAGCCUGGGUGGCAUUCCCACCGAGAGCUGCGCCGAGGGCGUGGGCGUCUGCUGUGUCUUUGUCAACGGUUGUGGCGAUGUCACUGGCCAGCAGAUCGUUUACUUUGAGAGCCCCAACUAUCCGAAUGCAGUGCGAGAGAUGAUGAUCUGUGUGUUGAUCCUCAAUGUGCGCAAGGGAGUGCAGCAAUUGCGAUUGGAUUUUCAAAUGUUUGAGCUUAGUCGCCCCACCAAUGGCGAUUGCGUGGACGAUCAGUUUAUAGUUUCUGGCCACAAUGCCAAUUUCCAGAUACCCAUUCUCUGUGGCAUCAACACGGGGCAGCAUAUCUAUAUCCACGUGGGCGACUCCAACGAGGGCAAGGUAUAUCUUUCCGUGAUCGUAAAAGUCUCUAGUGGUGGACGCUCCUUCAAUAUCAAAGUCACCCAGGUUGAGGAUGAUCUGGCGCCCAAUAAUUGCCUGCAAUAUUUUACCGAAACGGAAGGCAUAAUCAAGUCGUUUAACUAUGACAUGGACGGUUCCAUUGUGGACAACAGAGAGGCGACAUAUUUUAACAAUCUUAACUACGCCAUAUGUAUGUCGCGAAUGAGGAAUGUCUGCAGCGUUAGCUACAACACGGAGCAAUUGGGUGGCGAUCAACCAGAUUUCCAAAUUGUCAACAAAGAUGAGGCCGAAAACGAUCUCGUUUCUGAUGGCCAAGCUGGCGCUGGUAUCUUCAAUUGCCCCGACGAUUUUAUAGCCAUCAAUUCGGUGCCUUUGUGUGGCGAGCGAUUCAAUGAUGGCCGAGAGACGGAAGAUUUUACGAUGCAUGCAACGGUGAGGGAUACGGCCGCCGGUCCCAUCAUUCUGCCCUUUCGCACCGAUGCCGAAUAUGUGGGUCGCGGUUUUCGUUUGCUCUACAGACAGGAACUGUGUGUCUGAGCUGGGAAUCAUCCAUCUGUGGGCUUCAUCUGCAUGUCGAUUUCUGGCUCAUAUACAUACACCAUGUCUGAUGGAUGCCUUUGUGCCUUUUCCG